AAAACCACCGGAAACAACAACCCUGGAAACAAAAACACCGGAAAAAACAACACUGGAAACAACAGCAGUGAAAACAAAAACACAGAAAAUAACAACACUAGAAACAAAAACAUUGGAAACAACAACACCGGAAACAGCAACACUGAAAACAAAAACAAUGAAAAUAACAACAACAAAAAUAACAACACUAGAAAAAACAACACCAUAAACAACAACACCGGAAAGAAAAACAUCGAAAAUAAUAACACCAGAAACAACAACACCAAAAAAACAACACCGGAAAGAACAACCCUCAAAACAAAAACACCGGAAAAAACAACACCAGAAACAACUGCAGUGAAAACAACAACACCAAAAAUAAUCAUACUUGAAAAAGCAACACCAGAAACAGCAACAUUGAAAACAACAAUACAAAUAAUAACAACACUGAAAACAAAAACAACAAUACAACAACAGAAACAACGACACUAGAAACAAAAACGUCGGAAAAAAUAACACCAGAAACAACAGCACCAGAAACAAAAACACUGAAAAAAGAAACAGCUGAAACAACAACCCCCAAAAAAACAACACUGGAAACAAAGAUACGGGAAACAACAGCACUGAAAACGACAGCAUCAAAAACAAAAACACUGGAAACAAAAACAUCGGAAAUAACAUUUGAAAAAACAACACCGGAAACAACAACAUUGGAAACAAAAGCACUGAAAACAAAAACACUGGAAACAACAACACUGAAAACAACAACACUGGAAACAACAGCCUUGGAAACAAAAACAGUUGAAACAACAACACUUGAAACAAGAACAGUGGAAACAAGAACAGUGGAAACAACAACACUUGA